AUGCCACCCAAAACUAGCGGUAAGGCUGCCAAAAAAAGCGGGAAAAAGAAGCGCAGGAGGAAGGAAAGUUACGCAAUUUACAUCUACAAAGUACUGAAGCAGGUACAUCCGAUACGGGUAUCCAGCAAAGCGAUGAGCAUCAUGAACAGCUUCGUCAACGAUAUUUUCGAACGUAUCGCUGCGGAAGCUUCCAGAUUGGCACAUUACAACAAACGUGCCACGAUAACUAGCAGAGAAAUUCAGACAGCCGUACGACUAUUGCUACCGGGAGAAUUGGCCAAGCACGCAGUCAGCGAAGGUACCAAAGCCGUCACCAAGUACACCAGUUCAAAAUAA